AUGGAGCCUUCAAGAAUUGAACGUGUUAAAAGAGGUGCUAUUAUGGGUGGAACUGUUGGAUUAUGUCUUGGCCUGGUACUUGGUACCUGGACUAUAUUUAAGCAUGGUCCAGGUUCACGUGGUUACAUCAACACAUUAAGUCAAUUUAUGGCCACAUCAGCUGGAUCAUUCGCCUUGUUCAUGAGUAUUGGAUCAUUUAUUCGUAGAUUUGCCAAUUUACCAGCUGAAGUAUUGGAAAGACAGAAAUGGGAUCAUAAGAUGGUCGGCAUUAUUAAAGAUCAAGAUUCUUAG